GAUUUCGCAUUUUCGUCGGCGGUUUGAUGGUGCGGAACGGUGGACCCUCCCUCAUCUGAUUCUCUCCAUAAGAGAGGGAGAGAGAGCGCGAGCGAGCGAGCGCGCAUUGGAGUUCAACGAUGGCUUCCAUGGCGCCGCCGACAACCUACUGUUGCUACCGGCGCAAGAGCCGUCUCGCCGGGAUCAAGCGCAGCGGCGGAGCGUUUCUUCCCCGCAUCACUCUCUCUCUCGACCAGGACGACGAACCCACGCCACAACCCCUCCCUCGCAGGGAAAUCAUACUGAGGAGCAGCGAAUUGGCCGUCGUCGGAGCCGUUUUCCAGUUCAGUGGGAAGAAGCCGGAGUAUCUGGGAGUGCAGAAGAACACGCCUGCUCUGGCUCUGUGUCCAGCCACCAAGAACUGUGUUUCCACUGCCGAGAACAUCGCCGAUCUCAACCACUACGCUCCUCCUUGGAACUACAACCCCGAAGGAGGUCGCGGCAGGAAGAACCCUGUGAGCAGAGAAGUGGCCAAAGAGGAGCUUAUAGAAGUGAUAAAAUCAUUAAAGCCGGAUAAGUUUAUGCCUCGGAUAGUAGAAAACAAGGACGACUACCUUCGAGUGGAAUACGAAAGCCCAAUAUUGGGGUUUGUAGAUGAUGUUGAGUUUUGGUUCCCACCGGGGAAGAACUCGAUUGUAGAAUACAGAUCGGCAUCAAGACUGGGAAACUUUGACUUUGAUAUCAAUAGAAAGAGAAUUAAGGCUUUACGUUUGGAGGUGGAGAAGAAGGGAUGGGCAUCGCAAGACAGCUUCUGAGAAGGACAUUCGUCUCUUGCAUCGACCUUUCAACUAACGUACCCAAGAAAAGUCAGCGGCCGCCAUUGGAAGCUAUUUUGAAUAAAUAUCUCCGAUUCUUCAAGAUCAAGGGGUUUCAAGAUUACCGACCCUUUAGCCUAAUCUUUUGUUGCGGCUUCAAAACCACAUUUUAUCAGUGAAUCUUUUCGGCUUUGGAAACCGCAUGUAUAAGUAAUUGAUGAUGCAUUUCCUUGUAA